AUGGCCAGCUCAGGUAUCUGUCAGCUCCAGGGACACUUCAAGCUGAAUGGGAUGUACCAGAAUGGAGACCUUCUCAUUGGUGGUUUGUUUGAGGUUCAGUACCUCAAAGCAUUCCCAGAACUGAGCUUCAGAACGGAGCCAAAACUACCACACUGUGAGCUCUUCUAUAUGACAAGCUUCCAGCAAGCACUAACAAUGGUUUUUGCCAUCAAUGAGAUUAAUAACAAUCCCAACCUGCUGCCUAACAUCACACUUGGUUACCAGAUCUACGACAACUGUUUAAGGCUUGGAGUGGCAUUCCGUGGUGCCACAGCUCUGGUUAGUGGGACAGAGGAGACCUUCUCUGACCUCAACUGCAAAGGCCCACCACCGGUGAUUGGAAUCAUAGGUGAUCCAGGUUCUACUCAUUCUAUUGCAAUUUCCAGUGUCCUGGGGCUGUUUCGACUGCCUAUGAUUAGCUACUAUGCCACCUGCUCCUGUUUGAGUGACAGGAAAAAGUACCCCUCUUUCUUCAGAACAAUCCCCAGUGAUGCCUUCCAGGUGCAGGCUAUGGUUCAGAUCUUGAACCAUUUUGGCUGGACCUGGGUGGGUCUCCUCUAUAGUGAUGACGAUUAUGGCAUCAAUGCCGCUCAAUCCUUCAACAAGGAUGUGCAGGAGUAUGGAGGGUGUGUGGCCUUCUCUGAGAUGCUGCCCAAUGUUAACAACCAGAAGGAAAUACAACGCAUAGUUAGAAUCAUUCAAGGCUCCACAGCAAAAGUGGUGGUUGUAUUUUCUACUUCAAGCUAUUUGUUGCCUGUGGUUGAUGAGAUGGUUUUAAAAAAUGUUACCGGCAGACAAUGGAUUGCUAGUGAGGCUUGGGCCACCUCACCUGUGCUUCUUGCUUCACGACUUAAAUCUGUAUUGGGGGGUACACUGGGUGUUGCCAUCCGACGAGGAGAGAUACAGGGGCUUGGUAACUUUCUGCUACACCUUCGUCCUGACAACAACUCACAAAACAAUAUGGUGAGAAUCUUCUGGGAAAACAUGUUUGGGUGCAAUUUUGACACUAGAGACAGAGAGGGAGAAAAAAAAUGUUCAGGACAAGAGGAUCUAAGCAGCACAGACACACCAUACACUGAUGUAUCAGAACUUAGGGCCUCUUACAAUGUCUAUAAGGCAGUUUAUGCUUUGGCACAUGCUGUUCAUGAUCUGACGCAGUGUGAGGAAGGGAGAGGACCAUUCAGUGGGAAGAGCUGUGCCGACAUAUCCAACCUGAAACCCUGGCAGCUGGUACACUACCUGCAGAAAGUGAACUUCACCACAGGCUUUGGGGAUCAUGUGUCAUUUGAUAAAAAUGGAGAUGCUCUGGCCAUCUAUGAUGUGUUGAACUGGCAGCCGAGCUCUGAUGGAGAAAUAAUUGUCCAUAGAGUUGGUGUGGUAAAUGAAGGGGCAACAACAGGGAAGCCCCCACGGUCUGUGUGCAGUGAGAGUUGCCCUCCAGGAACCAGACGAGCCACAAGAAAGGGCCUUCCUGUUUGCUGUUUUGACUGCCUGCCAUGUGCUGAUGGAGAGAUUUCUAACACAACAGAUGCCACUGAGUGCAUAGCAUGCCCAAAUGAUUUCUGGUCCAACCCAGAAAAAGAUCAUUGCAUCCCCAAAGAAGUGCAGUUUCUAUCCUAUGAGGAUCCUCUGGGCAUCUCUCUUACCACUGCAGCCCUGCUUGGCACUUGUAUCUGUGCUCUUGUAAUUUUCAUCUUUGCUCAUUACCGCAAAACUCCUGUAGUACGUUCAAACAAUUCAGAGCUCAGCUUUCUGCUACUGCUGUCACUUAAAAUGUGUUUCCUGUGUGUGCUGCUGUUCAUUGGCCGUCCACAGUUGUGGACAUGUCAGUUAAGACAUGCUGUGUUUGGCAUAAGCUUUGUCUUGUGCAUCUCUAGCAUCCUGGUCAAGACUAUGGUGGUAAUAGCCGUGUUCAAGUCAUCUCGACCAGAGGGCAAAGGUGUGAUAAAAUGGUUUGGAGCAGCUCAACAAAGAGGAACAGUUCUGGUUCUAACAGCCCUCCAAGUAGUGAUAUGUGCAGUCUGGCUAUCAACUGCCUCUCCAACACCCCAUAAAAAUAGCCAAUAUAUUAGGUCUAUAAUAGUAUAUGAAUGUGCUAUUGGCUCAGUGGCUGGUUUUUCUCUACUGCUGGGAUACAUUGGACUGUUGGCAGCAGUAAGCUUCCUUUUAGCCUUCCUGGCAAGAAACCUCCCAGAUAAUUUUAAUGAAGCAAAGUUCAUUACUUUUAGCAUGUUGAUCUUCUGUGCUGUAUGGAUUGCAUUUGUUCCCGCAUAUGUGAGCUCACCAGGAAAAUAUGCAGUGGCUGUGGAGAUAUUUGCCAUCCUGGCUUCCAGUUUUGGUUUACUGGUGGCCAUAUUUGCCCCAAAGUGCUACAUCAUUAUAUUACACCCAGAAAGAAACAAUAAAAAAACAAUCUUGGGAAGAGGUACACAAAAUAAAUAG